GAUUCUGACAUUCAAUUGCUCCACUCACCCAGGAAUUUAAAAAGGGGCAACAAUAUGGAAUCAACCCUUAUUGAAUUACGAGGAUUCAUACAAAAUCCCAGAAACGAUGAACAACUCCUGUACAACCGUCGAAUGUAUGAGGAAUUCGUAUUUAAAUAUGAUAUCUAUCUUUCAAACGUAGAGAAUCCUCACACCUUUGUGAGUAGCUAUGGCCCCAUUCAACUUGGCCAUAUUAGAGACGUAUCCAAUAAGUGUACCAGCAUCUACUUCGUCGAGGGUAGAACCCCAGAAAACAACCCAGCUAUACCAUCCGUCCACCGAUAUAUAUCAGAACAAUGGUUCGAAGGAAACAUUCACAAUAAAGAUAUCACCUUUCAGCGCUUUUUUGCCAAAAUUGUUCUUAUGUCGCAGUCGCAUGGAAUCAAACAAUGUCUUCAAAUCCACAGAGGUUUAUGCAGAAAUUUUGAUGGCCACUUGAAGAAUGUCAUUUUCAGCCUGAAAAGAAAAGAGAGCCUCGAAGUCGCUGAACUACGGAGUUACGACCCAGUACUAGCAGCGGAAGACGAUGAUGCACUAGGAACGGAAGAUCAUGAUCAUUCAAAAGAUUAUAGAAUCACAUCCUUGUUCCGAAGUGUGAUUAUUAUUAUGAGAGAUUGGAAAGUCGGUGUGCCGACCGCGGAACAAAAAGUGUUAUUAGUGAGAACUGGUAUCAAGGAUGGACUUGCUUUAUCCAUCAGCUUUGACGGGGUCGAACAAGUCGAAGAUGAUGAUCCUGAUUUCAUACCACCGAUCGGUAGCAUCAUAACAACGUUAAAAGAAGCCGUGGCGCUCAUCAUGCGAAUUAACAAAUCGUUUGAGAAUAUGUUUCCGCCAUCAAAUGAACGGAACACUGGAACAUUCAUUACAAACUCCGGAAAGUCAGUGUCCUUGGUGGCGGCAAAGGAAAUGGAAUUGAAAGGAAGGGAAGUCGUUGGACCGAGCACUAGUUGGGUCAAUCUAAACUCCAGUAUUAUUCCUCACGAUUGCUACAGAUUUUUCUGCAAUGCGUCGUAUACUGAGAUGGGAGAUGGAUGUUAUGAUGAGGAGUCAGAAGCGAGAAGUCAGCGAGAAUCAGGGGCAUCUAUACCAGGUCCGAGCAGUCAGCUAGUUAUAAGUAGCUCCACCACUCAACCAGAUCUCGCCGAUGUCACCGACGAUUUGUUUUCAAUUUCGCGAGACGUUUUAUAAUUUGGCAGAUGAAAGUGCACAUGAAUUGAUGUACAGAUCUUAAUAUCUUCA